AUUUGCCCUUAAAUAUCCUCUCUUCAGCAGCAUAAGAAGACAUGGGGGGCAGAUCUGAAGCCAAGGCCGCUUACUUCGAUAAGCUCAAGAGCCUUCUUGACGAGUAUCGAUCCAUUUUCAUCGUCAACGUCGACAAUGUCAGCUCCCAGCAGAUGCACGAGAUUCGUGUUGCUCUCCGUGGGCAGGGCGUCGUGUUGAUGGGAAAGAACACCAUGGUUCGCCGUGCUCUCAAAGGCUUCAUCGGUGACAACCCUGAAUAUGAACGCCUGUUGCCAUUUGUCAAGGGCAACGUUGGCUUCAUCUUCACCAACGACGACUUGAAGGAAAUCCGUGAAAAGAUUAUCUCCAAUCGAGUCGCUGCUCCUGCCCGUGCUGGUGCCAUUGCCCCCGUCGAUGUGUACAUCCCGGCCGGCAACACUGGUAUGGAACCCGGCAAGACCUCUUUCUUCCAGGCUCUCGGUGUGCCCACCAAGAUUGCUCGUGGUACCAUUGAAAUCACCACCGAGCUCCGUCUCGUUGAGGCCAAGAGCAAGGUCGGUCCAUCCGAGGCCACCCUCCUCAACAUGCUGAACAUCUCUCCCUUCACGUACGGUAUGACUGUCGCCCAGAUCUACGAUGCUGGCCAGACUUUCGACUCGAGCGUGUUGGACAUUGAGGAGGACCACCUUCUUAGCGUUUUCCAGAGCGCUAUCAACACCGUCGCCUGUGUCUCUUUGGCGACCAACUUCCCUACCAUGCCCAGUGUUAUCCACUCUAUUCUCAACAGCUACAAGAAGUGUGUGGCUAUUGGUAUUGAGACCGAGUAUAGCUGGGAGGCGAUUGAGCAGUUGAAGGACCGCAUCGCCAACCCUGACGCCUAUGCCACUGUUGGCCCUACCGUGACCGAUGGACCAACCGACAAGCCCCAGGAGGAGGCCAAGCCUGAGGAGGAAGAGGAAGAUAGUGAAGACGAAGGCGGAUUCGGUGAUUUGUUCGGUUAAACUGAUGGAUAUGAACGUAUGAUGUAUCUAUGACACCUAACCAACAACUUUUCGCUAGUGAAAAUGCACACACACAACAACGCCUAGGCUAUUUUCUUUUCUCUUGCUCC